AUGAAGACCACUGCUCUCUUGACCGCCGGCCUGCUGGCCACCACUGCUAUGGCCGCUCCUCUGACGGCCAAGCGCCAGGCUGCUCGGGCCAAGCGCUCCACGAACCGCCAGAGCAACCCUCCCUUCAAGCCUGGCACCAACGAGGUCCUCACCCUUAACGGCACCAAGAACGUGGAGUACAGCUCCAACUGGGCCGGUGCCGUCCUGAUUGGCACUGGCUACACUGCCGUGACCGCCGAGUUCGUCGUGCCCACCCCCUCCGUGCCCUCCGGUGGCUCGAGCCGCGAGGAGUACUGUGCCUCCGCCUGGGUGGGCAUUGACGGUGACACCUGUGACACUGCUAUCCUCCAGACCGGUGUGGACUUUUGUGUCCAGGGCAGCGAGGUGAGCUUCGAUGCCUGGUACGAGUGGUACCCCGACUACGCCUACGACUUCAGCGGCAUCUCCAUCUCGGCCGGUGAUACCAUCAAGGUCACCGUCGAUGCCAGCAGCGACACCACCGGUACUGCCACGAUUGAGAACGUGAGCACUGGUACCACGGUCACCCACAGCUUCACGGGCGGUGUUGAUGGUGAUCUGUGUGAGUACAACGCUGAGUGGAUCGUCGAGGACUUCGAGGAGGAUGACUCCCUCGUUCCCUUUGCCAACUUUGGCACCGUGACUUUCACCAGCUGCUCCGCUACCACGGAUGGUUCCUCGGUUGGUCCUGAGGAUGCUACCAUCAUCGACAUUGAGCAGAACGAGGUGCUGACCUCGGUCUCCGUCACUGACAGCGAGGUCAUUGUCAAGUAUGUCUAA